AUGAACCAGGAAGAGGUUUUGGCAAAGUUGAAGAAGGAUGUACGCUCCUUGCUCAUUUCAUCAAAGAUGGGCCUGGACCCUGAUCAGCUCAGGCGAGAUUAUGUCUCAAUGUUAGGGCAUCCAAUGCCCCUGAAACUCCUAGGCUUCAGAAACGUCAUGGAUAUGGCAAAAGAGAUGCCAGACGCGGUGUCUGUUAACUUCAGGGCAGAUGGUAGCCCAUUUUUAAAGGCUGUUAGUGAUGAGUCCACCCGGAACAUUGAGGAGCUGGUAGCCAAGCAGCGCACUUCUAAGGCCGACAAGAAAGUCAAGAAGGGCGGUGUCAGCUACUUCUCGCCUCGCUACUGUUCCCCGUCCCCUGUUGUGGUCCUCCCGAGAAGAGGUCGCGCUCCUCCAGCUCUCCAUGCCCAGCUCAAGGCACAGCUUCGCCUCCUGCUCUCCCAGGGUCCUCUCAGGUUAUCUGAGCUGGAGACCAGCUUCCUCUGCUGCUUUGGCUAUCCCCUGCAUGUCCACAGCUAUGGCUUCUACUCUACUGGAGAGAUGCUGGAGGCUGCGUCGGACCUGGUCCUCAUCCAGCAGGGCAGGCUGGGCUCAGUUCUGACCCUGAGGCAAAACAUGCUCCCCAGGCCACUGCUCAAACCAUUCAGUUCAUCAAGAAGGACAGGAUCUGUAAAGCCUGAAUCACCUACAACUGAUAAGCCAGCAUCCAAAGGGCCAGACACCAGAGCUCACUCAGCAGCAGUACCCUCAGCUGAGGUCCCAGUGAAGCUGAGUCCUCUGAAGCAGCCUUCUACUGAGACUAACUUGGGACCUGUCUGUAAAGAGUCAACAGGUCUCACUAACAUGUCAGAAAUGGUUGAGAAGGACGAGGAACCAGGACCAGAUCUCUGCCAGGAAGGUCGUCUCUUUCAGAAUUGUGUCGUCAAGCUGGAAAAAGAGCUUCGCCAGCAAAUCCUUGAGAAUGGAGUAGCUGGCACCAUUAGUCAGGAGCUGAAGGACAAGUUACGAAAGGUUGUAGGUCAGACCAGCGGUGAAUUAUCAGUGCACGAUCUGCCUGCUGAGUAUAAGAGGCUUUUUGGUGAGGAGCUGCCUUUGCAACAGAGCGGUUUCGUCAGUGUCACUGAACUGGUCGGCUCCAUGAGUGACACCUUCCACCUGAAACCUGCAGAGCGUGACAGAGGCUACCACUGGAUAGUCAUGGACAUACAGGACAGUGACAGUACACAGUCAGACUCGAAGGAAACACAGAGUUUUGGUAAUGGUGUGAAGCUGCCGUUUAAGAGCUACUACUUGAGCUGUGGAGAUUCUCCUUGGGAAGGCAAACUGGAAGCAGAUGACAGUAAUAUCACAGCGGAUGACAAGAAUGAGGAGCUCAAGACCAGUGACAAUUCCAAGACCCCAGAAAUGAUGUCUGAGGUGUACACUGCCUUUCAGGUGCAUCGCAGCCCUGCUGUACCCCUAGAUGCCGUGCGGAGUCAACGCCUCAGACCGCCGACGCGCCACGGUGCUCGAGAGCUGGUCGAGGUCAUGGUGGAACAAGUGGAGUCUCCAGGACAUUUUUACAUCCGCUUCAGCGGGAGUGAGGAAGCGCAAGCUAUGGAGGACAUGAUGAUUGAGAUGAGACGGUGUUACAGCUGUCCUGAGGUGUCCGAGCGAUACCGCCUCCCUGAGAACUUUGUCCGGCGCGGUCAGGUCUGCUGCGUGUCACCUAAAGGAAUGUGGUUCUACCGGGUGGUAAUCCAUCAGAUCAUCAGCCCCACUCAGGUUGAGGUGUACUAUGUCGACUUUGGCGAUACAUACGUCAUGCAGAGUGCCAAGCUCAAGUUCCUCAAGUUAUGUUAUUCGGUUCUUCCAGCACAAGCUGUUCCAUCAUCACUCGCCGGGAUUAAACCCACCAGUGGCAGCUGGACUACUGAGGCCACAGCUUUGUUCCAGAAGCUGUGCUCUGAUCGCACCCUGGUGGGCGCUCUGGAUCAUUACACUGGAGAUGUUCUGCAACUGUACCUGUGUGACACACAUACUGAUAAUGACAUCUACAUCCACACUGUCUUGCUGAGCCAGGGACAUGGGACACCCUGCAGCCCUGCAGCCAGUGCAGCACUCUGUGUCCAGGUCAGUCCAGUGAGUCUCUACCUGGGGAAGGGAAUGGUUGACCUGCCAGAGUUAGGAGAGGGGAUGACCUCCCGCCCUAAGCCAGCAAGCACUCCUGAACAGUCCAUGUCAGCCUCACUGAAGGUAGAAGAGGAAGAGCUGCCCGCCUUGGAGUUUAUUGAGGACAGUGAGGUCAGCCCCUACAUCCAGGGUAAGCAGGCCAACCCUUUCGGUGCUCUGCUAAAUGACCAAACCCUCUGCUGUAGUGAACUGGGCUGGGCCUUGUCCAGUGAAUCUCCUACCAGCCCUUCAAGCCCCAUCUACAGCCCCUUCACACCUCCAGAUCUGAUCCAGACCAAGAGAACCCCAGCUCACUGUUCACCUGUUACUCUACAACUGCUGACAAACUCUGGUGUGCUGUUCCCUUUGUUUGGGGUCGGGUAG